CUCGUAGUUGUGCGAUAUGAUUCAGACUACUUAGCGUUCAUCUACGGUUGACGUCAUGAGGAGGCGUUGUCGGAGUCGCAGGCGGUCGUUGCAAGUCGUUGUGUCGGAAGAGAAGUUUUGGGGAGUGACUGCAGAGUGAUGAGUUUAGUUCAAGAGUUCGUUGCUUUUUCAACUACAUUUUCAGCACUGAUAUUGAAUGAAAAUAGCGACGCUUAAGGACGAAGAGAACGCGGCGAAAGAGCCGCUUUUUUCCUUCACAAGAUGAACGGAUUAUGGGUGGGUGAAGGGACCCGUGAGUCCCUACGAACAAAUGGCUUCAAGAGCUUUGAAACAAGGAGGUCACGAUCAGCAAACCCAACGUAAGUUGAGGCGUGUUUUGAUUUUUCAUGCAUUUUUGUAUGGACGAUGAAUUGAAAGAAAUCGGUUCUUGCUCUCAUGCAGCUAAGGACCAAUGAAAUAGUAAAGGCAAACAAACGGAGCUGAAAAACAAAAAAGGUUUUGGGCCAACGGACCGAGGGGAAGUACGGAUCGACCUUUGGCGAGUUUUUGCGAAAAGCCUCUCAACCGACCACUAGCGGACCAUCCAAGUACUUACUUCUAAGAGCCAAAAUAUUUUUGUUUGUGGUUUUCGUUUUUCAUCAUCUAUUGUCUCAUGGUAAGCAUGCAGCUCCUUUGAAGAUUCUGACUGCCGCAAACUUGCUGUUGCGGGUGAAAAACACAAUGUGGUAAGUACUCUAGAUGAAACUUUGAAACGUGAAAACUCGACAGGAAAACCAAACGGGCCACUUUGCCACAACAAAUCGUCGGACUACCGAACGAACGCAUCCCUAUCCACCUAUCCCUACAACUGGAGACGAGGGAAGGCAGGGAUGUGGGUGCCGAGGCAAAACAAAUCCUAUGACGCUUUUAUGCAUCCAAUGGAGGGGAUUGCUGGCUGGGACAACUCGUAUCAAAUAUCUCUUUUCUGCUGCAAGAUUUAUUUUUUUUCCGAAACUUUAUAAUUCUGCAUUUAGGUGGUAAAUGCAACACUGUAGUACUUUCUUAAACAUGAGUGACACUCCCUUUCAGCAAGCAUGUGCGUGUCGUGAUCGAUACAGAUUCUAAAAUGAAAUGCACAGAUAUACCCACCAAAACACGCACUUUGCGCCGACAAAUACGCAGUACGGCAGCUUCUGGUUUGACCGGAAGCUCCAGCCAGCGCCGAGGGUAUUCAACCAAACUCAGCCGGGUACGAAAAUGAUUUCGGAAGUGUGGACGGGGUUCAAUUAGGAUUGGUAUGCUGACGUUUCAGCAACUCAUUUAUCUGCCCACGCGCUCCCGUCGGUCAUCACGUUAUGCACCAUGGUAUGACGCUGUUGAAUAAAUAACCAGCAUCAUAACAUGGUGCAUGAUCUUCUGCACCACGCUAUAAAGAGGAUCCAAAAUAAAUGAUACUUGCCGAAUUCAGUUCAUCGAUGACGUGUCUGUCGAAUGACAAAAAUUAUGUGAAAAUAUUUGGGAUCGCAUGAAAAUUACCGCUCGCGGCGCGCAUUGUAUUUCAAGUGCAAGCGACAAAACAGAAACUACUUGCCGUCUCCUGCGCAUCUUGUUGUAGUGAGCGAACGACUAAUAUGGUUCUGCUGUCGAAAAGUACCUUGAUCAUAGCAUGUGGAGUAAUGUUAUGCAGGACGGUAUGCGAUCAGAUGGCAAAGCGGUAAUUUGGUUUCGUGCAGUGCCUCCUCGUGCAUCAUCUUAUUCUCCAUGGUACCGCCGCAAGAAAAUCAAUGCAAAUUUCAUGACAGUAAUACAAUAGAUAUUGCAACGCUGACACUCGUUAUCGCAAUUGAUUCCUUUCCAACCACCCACACUUCUUUUCAUUUUCAUACUCCGCGGAGGGUGGUAUCCGGUGUCACACGGCCACAGACCGUGAAACGAUGAUGAUGUUUGUCCUCUUGUAUGAUGGAAAAAACGCAUUAGUAGCUCGUAGAGCCCUUCUUCACCUUAUCCUUGUCAUAUCAAUUUGCUAAAUCGAUGUAAACUAUUGGACUUGUUGUGGUUGUUGAGAAAAUUUGUACCAAACCAGAACCAAGCCACUGUAUAGCUUCAGAAGUUUGAUGCUGACCGUAAAAGAAACAGGAUUUCACUAAAUACAUCCCGAAAUUAUGGCCCAAUUGAAAGAAAUUGGAAUAGGAAAUUGCUUCAAAAACUGUACCAAAGUUGAGUCCGCCUGCGGACAUGGACGAAAUGUCAUUGUAUGAAAUAGACCGCACAACCGAGCAAACUUAAGAAACACCUUUAU